AUGGAAGGAACAACGGACCUUUGGUCCCAUGCACAUUGCGGGACUGAUUUGUCUCGCUCCUCAGGCUCCCACAACAGCUUCCACAACAUCCAGAACAACACCUCACCAACAGUCCACAAGUCAACCGGCAUCAGCAACAAUGUCUUCCACUCACUGCAAGGCUUGCAAAAUCAUCCGCUGCUCUCCUACUCCUCCCAAGAUCACUUGCUCAUGCCCCGUCACAACACUCCACGGCACAGUCACUACGGUCCACAGUACCACCGAACCAAUCAAGGCGGUAACCGUAGAACUUCGAGAUCCUACGACGAGCAAUGUUACAGAUACCGUCACUACCCUUCAGCCAGCUCACGCCCCUGCCGAGCUUCCCUCGACUACCAUUGUUCGGUGCUGGGUCACGUUUCCAAGUACGCCCAAGUCGGUACGAAGCCGACAGCGACCAGUAUUCAAACACAUGAUCAUAUUCGCUUUGAGCGGUCUGAUUGUGGGAAUUAUCAUUGGCUGUUGGGGUUCUAUGGCUUGCUCUCAGAGCUUUGCGCAAAAGUGAUGCCCUUCACAACUGGCGGCGAUAUGCUGGGGUAUUAUUAA